CUCGAGUUCCGGUACCGGGUACUGUAGAAUUCAAUGCCAGCUGUUCCAACAGCACAUCACAAUGGCAGUGGACUCGACUCGAUCACUGAGUGAUCGAGUCCACGAAGAUACCAAACUCGGGGCGACGUUCAUUGAACACCAAUCUACCCCUACUGUAAUGCUGCGAGUAGAGGCUGGCUAGCUAUAUAGUAGGCUAAUAGAAGCUUUGCCGCGGGCUUGACUUUGGAAACGACCCCCCUGCUAAUUAAUACUAUUGUAAUCCUUCCUUUUUGGCAUCAUGGCGUCGACUUGUUCGCCACUCUUCGGGCUCUCCACGGAUGCCAAGAAUCACGUGCUAGGAUACCUGUCCCUCUGCGACUGUUUGCGAUACAGCCAAGUGUCCAAGCUCGCCUUGGUAGAUGUCCUCCCCCACUUGAAGCAAAUACGGAAGGAACAAUUUUACGAACGAAAGGGGUAUCGAGGCUGUUGUGUUGCUUCAUUCAAGGAUAUUACGGUACCAUCAUCUGUGGAGCCAGAGGUACUGUUGCAGCCAGAAAGCCACAAAGGAUGGCAUACCCUACCAAGUGUAAAGGAGCGACUAGAAGGCCUCUAUCGGGCAUUGCCAUCUACUCACCCGUCGAAUGAUGCAUUGCGAGAGCUUGUGCAAGAUCUAAAACUGGAACUUGCCGAUGCUACUACUACAGUGUCAGGACCCGACGUCAAUUUCGACACCUGUUUGUCCUUUCUGAAAUCCGUCAUGAAAUCACAUCAACUGCACGACAGGAUUCUGGCAAAAUCCACCGUGAGAUGCGAACCAACACGAGCGGAUCGAGGCUGGGCCACAACACAUCAUGCUGCCGUAGACCAUAUGAAUCUGACCGUCACAUUGGAUCAAUAUCUGGGAGAUGUUCUGGUUGCCUACUACCUAAUGGGUCAUUCCGUGGCAGGGUUGGUGGAAGGACCAACCAACAUGAAACAGUGGUUACGGAUGGUUGGCGUUUCGACAGCACAGUCUGCUCGGAUGGUGGAUCCACAAGGGUCGAAUAAUGAUGCUAGUAGCUCCUUGAAGGCGUACCGACAGUGGGUCUUUUUACACAGCACAUUUUUGCGCACCUGGCCAAUGACGGUCCAACAGCUACAACACUACAAGCUGACUCCCAUCUGUGGCAUCACCUGCCGUACCGAUGGCAUGGAUUUGGAGUAUGUGCAACCCCCGUACUGCUUCGUUGCCGAAGCAAGGCAACCAAUGCAAGGGACACACCAAUCAACAACAUUAUUUGGUCAGUUGGAAGCGAUAAGGGUGCACCAGGAUCCCUACUCCAUGUCACGGCAGUGGGGUCACCAGACGAUUGUGAAUGAAUUCGGUCCCUUGGGACCUGCCUUUCGGGGCAGGGACAGAAUGCGGAGCUUGUCUCUUGAACCGAGAGAUUUAGUUGGGUAUCUUUACAGCGAAUCAUGUACCCUCGCCAGAGUGUCACACGACAGUAUCAUGCCUCCCAGCGUAGACUAUCAGCGCCGCUUACAUCGAUGGCUUUCGUUAGGCCAAGACCCGGCUCCUGAUGAACUACUCGACGCAGGGGAAGGGCCCACGAUCACUUCCUGGAUGAUGGAACUACCACGACAAUGCUACCGUACCCGUCCCAUGACGGUGCAUCCUCCCAUGGUUUCAAUUCAGCGAUCCGUUCCACUCGCUUGGACGUAAUAGUGGUUUUAAAAAAGCAGUGCAGUUUGCUGCUAAUUCCGCGCUGCUUGGUGUCCACCAUGGCUCUUCAUUUGUUUACACCAGCAUUUAACGUACGUGAUGCAAUAGAUCAUUGCUUUCGCUAAAGUCGUCACGCGGGUGCAAAUACUCGUACCAACAGGCAGAAGAUUAAGCGCAAGCGCGCUUUGAACCAAUUGCUCCGUUGCCGCAUCUACUCAUUCGAUUCUUUACGAUGGAUAUCCCUAUCUGUGAUUUGAUUUGGUCGGGAGCUUGCUUAGUACCUGGUAGUUUGGCUGGAUUCGCCCUUUUUCUUCAUCUUGACCAGAAGAGAUUCAGACCAAGAAGGAAGCAAGCUGGCAGGGUUUCGGUACACCUUCCUCCAAUUGACUGCACACUACAGUCUACCCUACGGGAACCGGUACCGGUAGUUCCCUGCUCUAAAACCCUUGAUAUUCAGGGUGGACCAUAGCCGCCAGUUGCUUUGGGUUGGUGUCGAUUUCAGCUCACUGAUGGUAUCCUCAUGGUCGGCGAUGGAUAUACCGAUUUUGGCCGAUCAAGGGUGUCCUCUCAUGGGGACUCUGCUGCUUGUCGAAUUGACAUGGACACCUUAGGAUACAAGGAUCCAGAAAAAUGGACGCUACUAUGAUUAUGAACUACUAGCUAGUACGACUACAACUACUAUAAAGAAUGAAGCCAUGAUUUUGUUUGU